GGUAGAAUUACAGGCGUGAGCCACUGUGGCCAGCCAUAAAUUCAGGUAUAAAUUUAUAUGGGUGUACAUUGUUUUUGGAAGUAAAAUAUUUCCGAAAUGUAGUGUAGUUUCUUAAAGUGAGAGAAAUUGUGGACAGACUUCUUAUAGAAUGGUGUUGUUUUAUUUAGAACUAUUUCAAUUCAUGUUUCCUCUCCCUCACUUUUUUAGAAACGAUUGGAGCAGCAGAAGCCAACAGUGAUUGCAACUUCCACUACUUCCCCAACAAACAGUACAACCAGUACCAUCUCUCCUGCACAGAAAGUUAUGGUGGCCCCCAUAAGUGGCUCUGUUACAACUGGAACCAAAAUGGUACUAACUACUAAAGUUGGAUCUCCAGCUACAGUAACAUUCCAACAAAACAAGAACUUUCAUCAAACCUUUGCUACAUGGGUUAAGCAAGGCCAGUCCAAUUCAGCCACCAGCACAGCUGCCACAUCUGCUACAACCAUUGCCAGCACAGGUCAGACGUUCCAAAUUACAGGCAGUCCAGUCACUAUGGCAGGAAAAGUAAUUACCAAACUGCCACUUCCUGCAAACAGCAAGAUUGUCGCUGUAAAUGUGCCAGCAACACAAGGAGGCGUUGUUCAAGUACAGCAGAAAGUCCUGGGUAUCAUUCCAUCAAGUACAGGUACCAGUCAGCAAACCUUUACUUCAUUCCAGCCCAGAACUGCAACCGUCACAAUUAGGCCCAAUACCUCAGGCUCUGGAGGAACCACAAGCAAUUCACAAGUGAGAAUUCUUACAGACUUAUUUUGAUUUGAUGUAUUGAGCACAUUACAUUGUUUUUAGGAUGGCUUCAUUCAAGAUUAAUCCAACUCAGUUUCCUUUGCCUGUUACUGAAUCUGUGACAGAGUACUGAUUUGGAAAAAAAUCUGUUAUAUUUCUGAUAAGUGAAAAUUAUCCAUGAAGCAUUAAUUCUUAAUAUUUAAUGAUACAUUAGUAUGGUUUAUGAAGAAUAAUUGCUUUCUAUGAUUUUAUAUAAAAAAUUUCUUGAUGUAAAACAAUGGACAGCACUAGACUACCCAAGGAAGUGUGCUAUGCAGGCUAGCUAAGAAAUAGAAUUUAAAAUGUUGGGCCAGGGCUGGGCUAGGUGGCUCAUGCCUAUAAUCCCAGCACUUUGGGAGGCUGAGGCGGUCACAUCAUGAAGGCAGGAGAGUGAGAUCAUCCUGGCCAACACAGUGAAACCCUGUCACAACUAAAAAUGCAAAAAAUGAUACAGGUGUGGUGGCGGGUGC